GUAAAAUGAAAUUUCUACUCCGUGCCUCCUCACUUGCCGGUCAAUCACUUCGAUUCGCCUCUCAAAGACCGAAGGUGUUUUUCGACGUGAGUAUUGGAGAAGAACCAGCAGGACGUGUCACCAUGGAGUUGUUCAACGAUGUUGUCCCAAAAACAGCAGAGAAUUUCCGCGCAUUGUGCACCGGUGAGAAGGGCGUCGGAGAGCAAGGAGUUGCACUUCACUUCAAGGGAUCAAAAUUCCACAGAAUCAUUCCAGAGUUCAUGAUUCAGGGAGGAGAUUUCACUCGCCACAACGGAACUGGUGGUGAAUCAAUCUACGGAAAUAAAUUCAAGGACGAGAAUUUCGAUCUUAAGCACACCGGACCAGGAUGCCUUUCAAUGGCCAACGCUGGACCAAACACCAACGGAUCUCAGUUUUUCAUUUGCACAGUCGACACUCCAUGGCUUGAUGGAGGUCACGUCGUUUUCGGACAAGUCACCGACGGCAUGUCUGUUGUGAAGAAGAUCGAAAAGAUGGGAUCCCGAUCCGGAGCCCCAGCCAAGACUGUCACAAUCGCCGAUUGCGGAGAGUUGAAGAGCGAGUAACUUCAUUGUUUUUUUUGUUUCAAAAAUAUUUUUCAUUAGCGUUAGCAAAUUGUUAUUAUUUUUUAAUUAAUUGUUUUUAAUUAGUAAAGUUUUAGUUUUU